AUGGCAUUAAGAUUUCCAAGGUUUAGCCAAGGCUUAGCUCAGGACCCCACUACUCGUCGUAUUUGGUUUGGUAUUGCUACCGCACAUGACUUUGAGAGUCAUGAUGAUAUGACUGAGGAACGUCCUUAUCAGAAUAUAUUUGCUUCUCACUUUGGUCAAUUAGCAAUAAUUUUUCUGUGGACUUCCGGCAAUCUGUUUCAUGUAGCUUGGCAAGGAAAUUUUGAAUCAUGGGUACAGGACCCCUUACACGUAAGACCUAUUGCGCAUGCAAUUUGGGAUCCUCAUUUUGGUCAACCGGCUGUCGAAGCUUUUACUAGAGGGGGUGCUCUUGGUCCAGUGAAUAUCGCCUAUUCUGGUGUUUAUCAGUGGUGGUAUACAAUCGGGUUACGCACUAAUGAAGACCUUUAUACUGGAGCUCUUUUUCUAUUAUUUCUUUCUGCCAUAUUCUUAAUAGCAGGUUGGUUACACCUACAACCGAAAUGGAAACCGAGUGUUUCGUGGUUUAAAAAUGCGGAAUCUCGUCUGAAUCACCAUUUGUCAGGACUUUUCGGCGUAAGUUCUUUGGCUUGGACAGGGCAUUUAGUGCAUGUCGCUAUUCCCGGAUCCCGAGGAGAAUAUGUUCGGUGGAAUAAUUUCUUAGAUGUAUUACCGCAUCCCCAAGGCUUAGGCCCACUUUUUACAGGUCAGUGGAACCUUUAUGCUCAAAACCCCGAUUCAAGUAGUCAUUUAUUUGGUACCUCCCAAGGAGCAGGAACUGCCAUUCUAACUCUUCUAGGGGGGCUUUCAUCCACAAACGCAAAGUUUGUGGCUGACUGA